CCACUUCAACGACCCCGCCCUUCCCAUUCCUAACCAUCGUCGUCCUCAAUUAGAGUCGCAUACUUACCAUUCUCCCACAAAAUCUCAUCCUAGGGUCGUCGAUCCCUUGAACCUGGGAAGGUCUCUGUAGAAAGCUUCGAUUCGUUCAAUGGAAGCGAACGCCGAAGCGCGGUUUACCCUCGGUAAGCUGUCGUCGCUCGCCCCGGAGUGCGACGGCAGCGAGGCCCUCUUCACCGCGGAGGCUACACAGAUCCCCGAGGAUAUCAGUUCGGGCAUCCGUCUCAUGUUUCUGGCUAAUGAAGGCGAUCUGGAUGGGAUUAGGGAGGCUCUGGGGUCCCGCGCCAACGUUGACUUCAAGGACAUCGAUGGGCGCACCGCGCUGCACGUCGCGGCGUGCCAGGGGUACGCCGACGUCGUCGAACUUCUGAUACUCAAUGGGGCUGACGUCGAUACGCAGGACCGCUGGGGCAGCACGCCCCUUGCUGAUGCAAUACACUACAAAAACAGGGAAGUUAUUAAACUUUUGGAGAAGCAUGGUGCCAAACUUAAGGUCGUUCCCAUGCAUGUUGAGAAUGCUCGUGAAGUUCCUGAAUACGAGAUUGAUCCAAGAGAACUUGAUUUCACCAACAGCAUUGAGAUAACCAAGGGGACAUUUCGUAUAGUAACAUGGCGUGGAAUUCAAGUUGCUGUUAAGAAGUUUAAUGAAGAUAUGAUCACUGACGAGGAUAAAUUAAGAGCAUUUAGGGAUGAGCUGGAAUUGCUUCAGCAAAUACGGCACCCAAAUGUAGUCCAAUUUCUGGGAGCUGUUACCCAGAGCAGUCCAAUGAUGAUUGUUACAGAAUAUUUGGCAAAGGGUGAUCUUUGUGACUUCUUAAAGAGCAAAACAUCUCUUUCCACAUCAUUGGCUGUUCGGCAUGCACUCGAUAUUUCUAGAGGAUUGAAUUACUUGCAUGAACACAAACCAGAACCCAUCAUUCACCGUGAUCUUGAGCCUUCGAAUAUCUUGAUUGAUGAUACUGGGCAUCUAAAAGUUGCCGAUUUUGGUGUUAGCAAAUUGUUAAGAGCGGCAACAACAGUACAAGACUCUACGCCAUUGACAUGCCUAGACACUGCUUAUCGGUAUAUGGCUCCAGAAGUCUUUCUCAAUCAACAAUAUGACACAAAAGUGGAUGUCUUUUCAUUUUCAUUGAUUCUGCAGGAGAUGAUUGAAGGUGGUCCGCCUUUUUCUUAUAAACAAGACACUGAGGUUCUUGAAGCAUAUGCAUCCAAAGAAAGGCCUGCUUUUAGAGCUUCAAACAAGCGAUAUGCACAUGGUUUAAAAGAGUUGAUUGAGCAAUGCUGGAGUCAUGACCCUAAAGAGAGACCAGCUUUUAGUGAAAUAAUUGAUAGGUUGUGCCACAUACAUAGCAACAUUGGUCACAAACACUCAAAGGCGGGAAUUUUUAGUUGUUGCCAGAAUUUGAACCUCUGGAAGAAGGAUAGCUCUAAUUCUAGCGGCUACUCAUCCCAUUCAUCUGAUUCAAGUUUCUGAAUUGAACAGCAAACUCUUGUAUGAUUCAACACGAGGCAAAUAUUGAAGAAAUCUACAACCUCUCCAAGCAAAUAUUGGCCUUACAACAUGGAUACCUCCUGUUCAGAUGGCCCUGCUGAUGGUUAUUGAGCAAGCAUCAUAUACAAAUGAUACUAGAACGCCAAAUAUUUUGUAAAAGAAAUUGUGUAUGGAUUUGAAGUUUUUGUAUUUGCAAGAAUAGUAUCUUUUUUUUUUUAAGUAUCUUCUUUACACAUUCGUUUUUUUUUCUUUUUCAAAAACAUGUUAUUCCACAAAUUGUUAUGCUUUUUGGUUCCUUUGUGAAGAGAGAUUCUUGUUCAUA